CUUUCGCAUGCAACACGGCUCAUAAUAAUGAGCUAAAUAUGCACUAACUCCAGUCCAUAGUUCAAGUUCAUGGAUCUAUAUAAAUCCAAACUUUGCUAGCGUUCUGGUCAUUCUUGUCGUGAAAGUAAAUCUGACACAAUCACAGGUGACACUCAUCCUCAGUACAUAAAUCCAAGGAAAGUAAUUAAAUUAAGUCGACACAAAUAGUAAGAGGAAAAACAUGGACAAUAAAAUUGUCACUCCAUGGAAAAAUCAUGGAAGUUACAACAUCCCUGCGGCUCAUGACAACCCGGGCUAUGAAAUGGACACAAAUUCAUACUCUGCAAGCCACAAUGGGAACGGAAAUAGUGAAAGAAGAAAGAGCAGCAGCGUCUCUGCCGCCGUGAGAAUUCAGCAUGCCUCCAAAAGUUAUGGAUCUGGCCCGAAAGUCCUCAACGAUUUAAACAUGACCAUUGAAAAGGGAACAAUUUAUUCUCUUCUGGGCUCAUCCGGCUGUGGGAAGACGACCCUGUUGUCGUGUAUUGUAGGAAUUCGCAACUUAAAUUCGGGAGAAAUUUUCGUCUUUGGUGGAAAACCGGGUUCUCGCGAAAGUGGAAUUCCAGGCAAGCGUGUAGGAUACAUGCCCCAAGAUCUUGCAUUGUACAAUGACUUCUCGAUUAAUGAAUCAAUGCAAUACUUUGCUGCUCUGUAUGACAUGAGUGGUCGGGACUUGAGAGAAAGUCGCGAUUUUCUUAUCAAAUUCUUAGACUUGCCUGACGCUGAUAGACGCAUAGGAACGUUGAGUGGUGGUCAAAAAAGAAGAGUUUCUCUAGCACUUUCUGUAAGUAGAAAUAUUUCAGAACCAGCUUUUAUUAGUACUAAUAAUUUUUUUAUUGCACAGUUGAUUCAUUCUCCUGAAUUGCUUAUCUUGGAUGAACCGACCGUAGGGGUCGACCCGUUACUCAGGGAAAACAUUUGGAACCAUCUCUUAAGUCUCGUUGCAACAAAGAACACGACUGUUAUCAUUACCACUCAUUAUACGGAGGAAGCACGUCCAUCAAAUAAGAUCGGACUAAUGCGAGGUGGACGCCUCAUCACAGAGUCCAGUCCGCAAGAAUUGCUGGACAAACAUGAAACCAACUCAUUGGAAGAUAUUGUGUUAAAAUUGUGUCGAAACGAUGAUAUGAACAUGAACACUCCAAAUUUCCAGGAUAGAGGAAGCUCCAUUCGCUCUUCACUUAAAUCUGUCUCAAACAUGUUUGAUUAUCGCAAAUCUUCCUCCAUCGCGUCAAUCCAGGACCAACCAAGUUCUCCGUACGAAUCAACUACGUCUUUCCAACGGAUUAAGGCUUUAGUGGCCAAAAACUACGUGGUCAUGACGAGGAAUAUAAUCCUCCUCUUGUUCAUGAUGAUCGUCCCUGCAACACAAGUUCUCGUCAUUUGUCUGGCCAUAGGAAAUGAUCCAAAACCGAUGUGGAUGGGGGUUGUGAACCAUGAAAUGAAUCACACGGCUUGUCCGCCAGUAUCAUUAAUGGAUCGUGUUACGAAAGAAGGAUGCGACGUGGAGAACUUGAGUUGCAAAUUUCUUGCGGAAAUACCAUCGGAUACGAUUUACCUGAGAGAUUACGCAACGGACGAGUUAGCCAGAGAUGCAGUGAAAGCUGGAAAAGUGUGGGGAUUCUUUUCAUUCCCAGAAAAAUUCUCGGAUAACGUGUACGAACGCGCUGCAGGGGCCAAUACGAUUGAAAAUGAAACCUUGCAAGGAUCCUAUGUCAAUGUGGAGAUGGACUACUCAAAUAAGCAAAUCGCUUCUGCCAUCAAAAAAGAAGUAUACGACGCGUUUGAAAUAUUUCUGAAGGAUAUGUUAGUCAACUGUGGAUUUUACAAGGAAUUGGCAGAGUCACCGAUUCGGUACUUGGACCCCGUAUAUGGCACAGAUGACACAGAUUUUAAGGAAUUUAUCGCACCAGGCGUGCUAUUGGCUAUGGUUUUCUUCUUUCCCUUGUGCUCAAGUGGAGUGUCAUACAUCUGGGACAAAAAGCAGGGAACGCUGGAGAGGAGUAUGGUCGCCGGAGUGCAAAGUUGGGAAGUCAUGGCAUCAUUUUUUGUAACCGAAGGAAUCGUCCUCGUGAUCCAGUGCAUUUUCUCCUUUUCCAUAAUUAUCUAUUUGUUCAAUAUCGAGAUCUUGGGAAGUACGAGUUUAGCCAUUGGAAUCACGUUUAUGAUGGGAUUGGGUGGAGUCUCAAUGGGGUUUUUAAUUGCUUCGUUCUGCGAUGAGGAAAUUGAGGCAGUGAUGAUUGCGAUAGCCUCAUUUUUCCCAAAUAUCAUUCUGUCAGGAAUUAUCUGGCCCACUGAAGGAAUGCCGAUUGUCAUGCAAUACAUUACUUAUCUACUCCCAUGUAAACUGGCGUCUGAAUCGAUCCGUUCAAUUGUUAGUAGAGGCUGGGAAUUCACCCAUAUUGGAGUUUGGCCUGGAUUUGCUACAACGGCGGCGUGGAUUGCCUUGUAUUGGUUGUUGACUUUGUUGAUUCACAGAUAUAGGUUUUCAAAGAGGUAGUUCUUAGCCCUAACAAUUUUCUGAGCUUAAUAAUAAAUAUAUGUACAUACAGAAGUAGUCAAUAUAAAUCAAAUUAUCUUUGUAAAUAAAUAUUGAAAGAAUAAAUAAACCAAGUGCUUUAUAACUUUUGCACACAUAAAAUUCC